AUGGUACCGCGUGACGCCUUCGACACGUCGGUAGCCAACGGUUUUCGGAUUAAGCCCGAGAGCAAACCGACGGACAGAAGCAGAAAGGAGAAGAAAGAGGAGGAGAAGUGCGGCUCGGUGUGUGCCGGCGCCGAGGCGGACAAGUCGGAGGCCGAGGGCAAACAGUCCGGCAAGGAAGCCAAGUCGGAAGCGGCGGCGGCCCGAGAGACUCGGGUGCGGGCGGCCCCGGAGGCGGCCAGAGCCGGCAAAAGCUCCGAGAGCAGCACGGACUCUGAGGAGGACAGCGCCAGCAGCUCGUCGGCCGACGGCUGCCGCGCCAGGAAGCGCGUCAAGAAGAAAGAGGCCAGGGCGGGACGACGCCGCAGGAGGAGCCGCGACGACUGCCGAGCUAAAAAGAGGGACGGCAGUCGGGAGGGCAAGACCGGCCGCGGCAGGGACGGGGAGGGCAAGAGGGAGGGCGAGGGACGAAGAAACGACGGCGGCGGAAGGAGCGGCGGCAGGAAGAGAAGCGGGCGCAGCCGCAGCAGGGACGGCAAGAGGCGUAGCGGCAGCAGGGACGGCAGCAGCGGCCGCGACGGCAAGGCCGGUUCGGGCAGUAGGUGGCGCGCCAGGUACAAACGCGGUCGGAGCGGCUCCGCCGGCAGAGAGGGCGGCGGGCGCGGGACCGGCGGGUCCAAAAAGUCCCGAAGAGAGGGCAGCAGCUCGCCUUCCAGCGGCUCCGGCAGGUCCAGAGCCUCCAAGAAGUCCAAGAAAUCGUCCAAGUACGGGUACCGACGCGGCGGUUCGGCCAGUCGAUCUCGCUCGCCCAAGAGGAGGAGGACCAGCGGGUCGGCCAGUUCCGAGAGCGAAGAGUCUGGUAAGAAGUCCAGAGAGAAACACAGGAAUAGGUGA